AUGGCGGACGAGUCAUGGAGGGUGCCUAGCAUAGUGCAGGAGCUGGCGGCCACCGUGCAUGAGCCGCCGAGUCGGUACCUGAUCCCCGAGCAGGACAGGCGCGAUGACCAGCUCGCCGGUGCGGAGAUGCCGGACCCCGUCCCGACCAUCGAUCUCCAACGCCUGUUGGCGUCCGACUCUGCCGACGAGGAGGCUACCAAGCUGCGCUCGGCGUAG